CCGAGUGCAGCUGCGCAAGGCAGUACCAUGGCGGCCCGCCUGUCUGUCAGCCGGUGGGGGGCUGCACACGCAGCGGUCCACAGAAGUACGCUGGUGUCUUGCUGGAGGAGUUCUGGCACCUUGGCUAACACCGUGUACGAUGUGGCGGUGUCCGGUGGAGGCCUGGUGGGCGCUGCCAUGGCCUGUGCUUUGGGGCAUGAUAUUCACUUUCAUGAUAAGAAAAUCCUGUUGCUAGAAGCAGGUCCAAAGAAAGUAAUGGAGAAAUUGCCAGAAGCUUACAGCAACAGAGUCAGCUCCAUUUCCCCUGGCUCUGCAACACUUCUCAGUAGUUUUGGUGCCUGGGACCAUAUCUGCAACAUGAGAUACAGAGCCUUUCGGCGAAUGCAGGUGUGGGAUGCCUGCUCAGAGGCCUUGAUAAUGUUUGAUAAGGAUAAUUUCGAUGACAUGGGCUACAUAGUAGAGAACGAUGUCAUUAUGCAUGCUCUCACUAAGCAGCUGGAGGCCGUGUCUGAUCGAGUGACAGUUCUCUACAGGAGCAAAGCUGUUGGCUACACCUGGCCUUGUCCAUUUCCUGUGACAGACUCCAGCCCUUGGGUUCAUAUUACCCUAGGUGAUGGCAGCACACUCCAGACCAAAUUGUUGAUUGGUGCAGAUGGUCACAACUCAGGAGUACGGCAGGCUGCUGGGAUCCAGAAUGUUAGUUGGAACUAUGACCAGUCAGCUGUUGUGGCUACUCUGCAUUUAUCAGAGGCCACAGAAAACAAUGUAGCUUGGCAGAGAUUUCUUCCCUCUGGGCCUAUUGCUUUGCUCCCGCUCUCAGAUACCUUGAGUUCCUUGGUUUGGUCCACAUUCCAUGAACAUGCAGCAGAGCUGGUUAGCAUGGAUGAGGAAAAAUUUGUAGAUGCCAUUAACUCUGCCUUUUGGAGUGAUGCGAAUCACACGGACUUCAUCGACUCAGCUGGCACUGUGAUGCACUAUGCUAUUGCCCUUCUGAAGCCCACUAAAGUCUCAGCUCGCCAGCUACCUCCAAGCGUAGCCAGGGUGGAUGCCAAAAGCCGAGUACUAUUUCCUCUUGGCUUGGGACAUGCUGCUGAGUACGUCCGGCCUCGAGUGGCACUCAUUGGGGAUGCAGCCCACAGAGUCCAUCCACUCGCAGGACAAGGUGUCAACAUGGGCUUUGGGGAUAUUUCCAGCUUGGUCCAUCACCUUAGUACUGCAGCCUUCAAUGGGAGAGACUUAGGCUCCAUGAGCCACCUUACAGGGUAUGAAACAGACAGACAGCGUCACAAUACUGCUCUUCUGGCUGCUACAGACCUACUGAAAAGGCUAUACUCUACCAGUGCUACUCCAGUUGUGCUGCUAAGGACGUGGGGCUUGCAGGCCACAAAUGCACUAUCUCCACUGAAAGAACAGAUUAUGGCCUUUGCAAGCAAAUAAGUACUCCUCUUGUAGAGAUUAUGUUGAUGAAAAAAAGGACAUCCUGCCCAAGACUGUGUCACACAGUUUUCAGAUUUAAUUUAAUACGUUCAUUUUGCAUUA